GUAUGACAUGGCAACACUUGCUAUAUAAAACUGAAAUGUCACAGUGACGUGUGCAAAAUAUUUGAUUGGAGGUUAUUUAUUGAUUACAUUAAUUAACGAUACGAAUGAUAGAUUUAUAAAUUAAUGAAAUAGAUUUCGUGUAAAUAUGUCGUCUAAGAGUAGAUCUCCGGACGGUGCCAACAAAAAUAAGAGCAAGGAAUCGUUAUGGACGAAGGCUUUCUCAACCAAAACCGAUUGGCCAGACAAGGAAGAGUUUCUGGAUGUUGUCUACUGGAUGAGACAAGCAAUUGGCAUAAUUUUGGGACUGUGUUGGGGUUUAUUACCACUUAAAGGAUUCCUUGGUUUAUUACUAUUUGUAGUUGUGAAUGCUGCAGUAAUAUACUUUUAUGUGAAUAAUUAUCAAAAUGUUGACGAGGAAGAGUUUGGAGGCAUGUGGGAGAUCACUAAGGAAGGAUUCAUGACUUCUUUUGCAGGAUUUUUAGUCACAUGGAUCAUUGUAUACACAGGUCUACAUGGGAGCAAUAGUUUAUGAGAGGAAUAAGUAACAGGAGUAUAAAAUACAGCUUAGAACUGCCAAGAGAGAGUGAGCUAGUAUUAAAUGAUGGGGACUUUCUAGUUUAAUAUUUAUGACAUGGCAAAUCCUCCGUGUUAAAUCUUUUUGUUAUUUUCAUCCUGUUGGCUCUGUCAACCCUCUUUUGAGGAGUGCUUAAUAAUCCCAUUAUUUAAUUAUGACCAUAACAUUAUACUACAUUUGACUAAAUCAAGUGGAUCUAACUUGGAAAACAAAUAUUUAAAAGCAGUAAAAAUAAACAAAGCACAAAGUAUUUUUGUGCCAACUCUGUUGAAACUUAUUUUAAAAAAUAUUUAUGUAAUGUCCUUUUGUUGGGUUAUGCCAUGUAAGGCUUGUGCACACAACAUUGCUUUGCAGCACUUUUGUUGUAGUGUUGUAUGGAAUUUAUGUUUGCUGAAAUAAGAAUGCCCAUGUACAUACAUAAUGGGUGUUAUUGUUUCAUACAAUUUUUCUGUACGCUGAAUAUGUUUUUUUUGUGCAUGGGCCUUUAUAUGUCUCUAGAAGUAAGAGUGUGGUUAUAGUUACAGCAUUUAUUACUGUACAAAAUGUAUGCUAGAAAGUAUUAUACACAUGUGGUAUACAUUCAGUGGUACACCAAGUGAUUUGCCGUAUAUUUUUACAUUGAUUGCUUUUCCAUAGUCACAAGGAAUUAAAUUGUUUUCAAUGAUCACGCUACAUACAUCGUUUGAAAUUAUGCUUUAAAUAAUUUUUACUUUCUAUAAAUACAUUGCCGUUUUAAUUUCAUUAGAUAAUUUCCAUUAAAUCUGAUUUUUUGCAUAGUGUUUAUGUAUAUUAUUCAAAAAGUUACCUUAUAUAUCGUUUUUUUCGAAAGUUAAAAGGUAUUGUUUAAUGCAUAAAAUAUUUUUGGUGAUGGAAACAUUUGAUUCCCUAGUUAUUUUUAAUUAAGUAGAAUUUAUGCAAAAUAUGUUAAUUGUUAAGUUUUAUUGAAUUGUGUUUAAUACUGUAGUGUUGAAUACUUAAAAUCAAUAAAUGGAAUGUUUUAUUUAUAUACUUGCAAAAAAUAAUAGUAUGGUCAAACAAAUUUUACCAAAUAUUUUCUCCGUUUAAAAUAGUCUUAACAUAAAAAUAAAUGACUAGAUUCAAAAUAAGUUUUUGAAAUAUUUUAUUGAAGAAUCGACGACGGUGGAAAUGAUUAGUAUGACCAUAUCUUAAUCUCGUUUUUAAUAUUAUUAGUUGCAUAAACAGCCCUGAGUUUGGACCUUGAACAAAGAACGAAUGAAAUAAAAAGUUUUUAUAACUUUA